AUGGCAUCUCGCCGCCCACGGACUUUGCUGCUCACCCUCGACGCCUUCGACACCAUCUUCCACCCCCGUCAGCCCGUCCCAGAGCAAUACGCCGCAGCUGCCGACGCCUUCGGUCUUCCCCGCUCCACCAUCACCCCCGAACGCCUCGCAGCAGCCUUUAAAUCCACAUUCAAAGCCCAAUCAAAAGCCUACCCCAACUAUGGCCGAGAAUAUGUCCUGCGCGGCCAGUACGGCGGGCCCAGGCAGUGGUGGGAGGAAGUCAUCCGGGGCAGUUUCUCGCGCGCGAUGACAGGAGACUCAGAACAAUUCGGCGUCAACAACGAAAUUCCCCCCGCGCUGGUCACGUAUCUCGUAGAACGCUUCGCAAGCUCGGAGGGGUAUGCGCUCUUUGAUGACGUGGAACCGUUCCUGGCGGCUGUGCGGGAGAUUAAGAGCCGGAAACGAGGGUCUGUGUUCGAUCGCGUGCUGCUGGGCGUGAUCUCAAACUCGGAUGAUCGUGUCCCUGCUGUGCUGAAGUCGCUGGGUCUACGGGUGGGCCAUGUGCGGGCUGACCAGGGGGUGGAGAGUAGACGGCUUCCUGGGUUUGAGACGGAUGGUGCGGUGGGGUCCCCGAGUCGAAGCAAGGAUGGGGAUGAGCAAGUUCGUCAGGUCGACGAUGUUGAUCUCGUUAUCACCAGCUACGAGGCAGGGGAGGAGAAACCGAGCCGAGUCAUCUUCGACGUAGCGCGGAGGCAGGCGCAGCGUUUAGCUCACGGCGCUGACGAUGCGGAUAGCGACUGGGUCUGUAUGCAUGUUGGCGAUGACGUCGACAAAGAUUACCACGCUGCCUUGAGCGUUGGUUGGGAUGGCUACUACAUUCCUCGCGGUGAUACCGCUCAUGAUACCCAUGGAGUCAAGACCAUCCACUCGUUGCUGGACUUGAUUCCCACGAUUGAAACAUACAGAUGA